AUGCGGUCUCAGCACAAACUCAGCCUCGACGCCGACCUCCUCGCCCACAACGGUGACCGCGCUCGCUCCCGCUUCGCCCUCCGCCAUGUCCUCUUCGCUUUCGUCGCCGGCUUCCUCUCCGCCGCUCUCUUCCCUCUCCUUCCAUCCCUUCCUCUCGUCCAGAUACUCGACCCCACUCAAUCCCUCCAUCCCCGUCCCGGCUCUACAGACGUCCAUCACUAUCCUCCCUCCCAUCCCACAAAUGCUUUCCCCGACCUCUUCCCUUCCGACGUCGGCUAUCCAGGCCCCACUCCUACCGGUGCAGAGCCCGCCCUUGUUGCCACUGCUCCUGCUUAUCCUCUACAUACCGGCCCACCUCACCUCCUUCGUCCACAAGCCCUCUCCAACUCAUCCUUCGACAUCUUCUCUCACUGGGGCAACCUCUCCCCUUGGUUCUCUGUACCCCCUCAAUCCUUCCGUAUCGACGCCAGUCUCGAUCCUCCCCAAGGCUGUCGCAUUACCGCACUCCACCUUCUCCAUCGUCACGGUGCCCGCUACCCAACCGGCACCGCUGCCUAUGCAGGUCCUGCCAAUUUCUCCGCUCGCCUCCGACACGCCCCCCACAAGUGGUCCGCACAUCGCCAGCUCGCCUUCCUCAACGACUGGACCUAUAAGCUCGGAGAGGAGAUCCUAACUCCCUUUGGCCGGCAACAACUCUUCGACCUUGGCGUUUCUACUCGCAUCAAGUAUGGCUUCCUCCUCCGCAACUUCACCGCCUCCAACACCCUCCCCGUCUUCCGCACCGAAUCUCAGGACCGCAUGCUCUUCUCCGCCCUCAACUUCGCCCUCGGCUUCUUCGGGCCCAAGCUAGAUGGACAGUACCAACAGCUCAUCACCAUCGAAGCCCCAGGUUUCAACAACACUCUUGCUCCUUCCAAGACCUGCCCCAACGCCCGCGACCCCGCCCGCGGAGAGCGUGCUCUGCCUUACGUCCGCCAGUGGGCCAAAGUAUACCUCCAAGCCGCACGCGCCCGUCUCAACUCGCAGAUAGACGGCAUCGACUUGACCAUCGAAGACGUUUACGCCAUGCAGCAGCUUUGCCCAUACGAGACGGUUGCCAUAGGCUAUUCCAAAUUCUGCGAGCUCUUCACCGAGGAUGAAUGGAGAGGCUUCGACUACUCCGUCGAUCUCAACUUCUGGUACAACUCCGCGUUUGGCUCCCCGACUUCUCGCGCCCUAGGCAUCGGCUACGUUCAAGAGCUCGUCGCCCGGCUCACCAGUACUCCCAUCGCUGCCCACAACUCCUCGACCAAUGCGACUAUCAAUGACGACCCCGCCACAUUCCCGCUGGGACAAAGCCUCUACGUCGACGCUACUCACGAUACCAUCAUCCUCAACGUCCUCACCGCACUCAACCUUUCCAACUUUGCAACGGACGGGCCCCUGCCAUCUGACCACAUCCCAACCAACCGCUCUUUCAAGACCUCGCAUCUCGCACCUUUUGCUUCCAACGUACAGUUCCAACUUCUUGCUUGCGAUUCGGCUCCAGAGCCCCAGAUCCGCAUCGUCAUCAACGACGGUGUCACUCCGUUAAGUAGCGUUCGUGGUUGUCCUGCCGAUGAGCCGCAUGGCUUGUGUCCCCUCUCUGCAUUCGUCUCUGCUCAGCGCGAGACGAUCAGCAAGACGGAUUGGACAUGGGCUUGCCAUGGGGAAUGGAAUGUUCCGACAGGCCAUGGAUGGAAUACGACCACUGGCGAGCCUCCAGCGAAGGAUUGAUUCGGUCCGGCUAUCCACUUGGUCGUGUGUAGCCCAGCAAGUCUCUUCGACGUGCCUCAAGACCUCAUGCCUUGCCCACCAUCCAUAUUUGGCGAGGCGAUCAGUAGCUCACGUUGCUGUAGGAGACGUCCACGAGUUGGUUAUUCUGCUAGACGCCUAGUCCUUGUCGGAUCGUGAUAUCUAUAUGUUUG